UAACAGCAUGGCUUGGGGUAUGGUUUCGGAUGCAAGAAAGGUUCUUAUCUUUCAUAUCUGGGAGAAAUCAUAAGAGGUUAUAUUGAUACACAUAUUUAUAGGGUUCGGGUUCCCACACAUGUCCAUGUUACAGCGCUUGUUAGCGGAAAAAUACGUUAGACAGUGGUUGGACAAGUUACAUGUGCUAAUUAGAUAUCUGCGUCUCCGAACACCUGUGUGUAACCAAACCGUAGACGGACGCCAAAAACAUGUUGACACUGAACAAUACUGCGGGCUGCGACUGUAUUAAAACAAUGUACAAUGGGGGAGACUGAGGGCAGGGUGCUGGGCAGGGUGACGGUGUACUCUGUGCUGGGCUGUCCCCACUGCGUGCAGGCUAAGACAAGCCUUGGCCGUCUGGGUCUGCCUGUGUGUGAUGUAGACAUGGGAAAGCACCCAGAGCUCCGUGACAGUGUGAAGGAGCUAACCGGACGGAGCACAGUUCCUCAGAUCUUCUUCAACAGUGUCCACAUCGGGGGGAAUGAUGACCUGCAGGAACUGCUUCCAGAGGAGUUGGAGCGUCUAGUGCGUUUGGUGAGGGAGGAGCCUGUCUUGUCAGAAGCCCUGCCCCUGCCCGAGGAGAACCAAUCAGAUGGCUCAGACACAGCUGAGGAGGCUGAUGGAGAGUUUAAGUGUGAGAGGCAUGCGUUAGCGGACGUGGUAGAGGAUCUCAAGCAGAGCGAUGUGAUUGGAUGUCAGUGGAGGGGACUGAGCAUGUGCAGAAACAGCUUCACAGGAGCACAGCUGGUUGGCUGGCUGCAGAAAAAGAGGGGCAUGGAGAUGACUAAGGCAUGUGAGACUGGGCAGAUGUUACUGGACAGGAAGUACAUGGUGGGCGUGGCUGGGGCAGGGAAGGGGGAGGGGUUUGGAGUGAGUGACAGGCUGUACAGGCUGAUGGAACGCAACCCUCACUCGGCCCUGAACGCAGGACAGACUGCUGCAUGCUCUCCUUUACAGGCUGCUGAGUUGUCUGCCAUUCUAAGGAAUAUGAUCCUGAAGUUGUUCUCUGAGUACCUCUCUUCUGAUGGAAAGUGUGUGGACUACAAGGCCAUGUCCCUGAGCCCAGUGUUUGAGCGCUACUGUGAGCUGGCUGUUCAGCUACAAAGAGUGGAGCUGCUGUCGCUGACCAGAGAGGAGAAACUAGCCUUCUUCAUCAACACCUACAAUGCUCUGGUCAUCCACGGAAACGUCCGGAUGGGAGCCCCAACCAACACGUGGCAGAGAUACAAGUUCUUUAACUACGUGAGCUACCUGAUUGGAGGAGAGGUGUUCACUCUGCAGGACAUAGAGAACGGAGUUCUGAGAGGGAACAGAAAGGGCGUCGCACAGCUUCUCAAGCCCUUCUCUAAGACUGACCCUCGUCUGCAGGUGGCUCUCCCAGAUGCUGAGCCUCUCAUCCAUUUUGCGCUGAACUGUGGAGCUAUGGGCUGUCCACCCAUCAAAACAUACACUCCACAGGACAUCGAUAGUCAGCUGCGCACGGCGGCCGAGUCCUUCCUGGAGAACGAUGAUGGCUGUGUGGUGGAUUCUGAGAAGGGGGAGGUCCGUCUCAGCCAAAUAUUUAAGUGGUACAAGGCAGACUUCGGAGGCACAGAUGAGAAGCUGUUGAACUGGAUCCUGGAGCACAUGGGGGACUCUCCCAAGAGGUCCAGCCUGCAGAGUGUCCUCUCCUCUGGGAAGAUCAAAGUCAGCUACCUGCCCUACGACUGGAGCACCAACAGCUCUCACUGAGGCAGAGUAACAAGCCAUAGGAACACACUGUUCUGUCUACAACAGAGAAACACACAGCUCAGUCUGCAGACAUGUCUAUCCUCAGUAAAGAGGUCUGUGUGUCUAACCCUUUCUUUCAAUCUGCUUCCCUACUCUCCCACAGCAUGUGAACCUAUAGUUUAACCUGGUUUUACUUCCUCUUCUUACUGGGUCUUCCAUUUUCAGCCUUGGAAGUGCUAAUGCUGCAUUUUAGCACGCAUCAACUUAUUAUAAAUUAGUUUUAUCAUUGAUUAUAAAUAUAUUUAUUGAUACUGUAUAUGUUAGGAAGGCUUGAUUAAUUCCAUGCAUGUUUAUGAUCCAAUUCAACAUUUAAAGGACACAUUUGUACUUUUUCUAACAAAAUAAAAUUUAACUAUUUAUACAUUUAAAAAAAAGAUCUAAAACUGUUUAGUAAAACUUUUAUCCCAAAUGGUUUGUUCAUCUGCUUUAUGCACACCACAUUGUGCUGGUCUCUGUAUAGCCAGGUACCAUUACAUUGUCCUCCAGAAAGAGCUUUGUACUGUGUAGCACACUGAGUCUGUUCUAGCCCAUCUGUUUUUAGAACUCUCCCACGGUAUGACAACGGAGGGGUAUGUCUCCCUCUUUACCCACAAAUACUUGUGUUUAUCUCAGGUCAGCUGCCCCAUGAUGCAAUGGUAGGACUUCUUGUAUGAACAAAAUCUGGAAAACUGUUGUCAUAUCACUACAACAUGUAAUAUCUGUAUCAUUCAUAUACCUGUACUAUUUCUGUCAAAUCCUGAUGUAGCUUAACCAUUUGCUCUGUCUCCCACUCUGAUGUUUGGCUUUGUUUGUUGGGUUUCUGUGAGGCUUGCUGUACCUCUAGUGAAGCAGAUUCUCCAGUGAGAGGAAUAACUCUCCUGCUCUGAAGGCAAAGCCGACCUUAGAUACUGUUUAGAAGUAUUACUAGGCAUUACUAUUUUUACUGUGUCAUUCACUCACUGAAAUGCAUGUUACAAUGACUGGAAUGCGUUAGUUUGUUUGAUGCAUGUACUACUGUAUGCUUGGGAUGCUGAAUCCUCUCAUCCUGAACCCUGUAGUUAGAAUAUAUGACCCUGUUCUCUAGCCAGUGCCUUCUAACCCUGCAUGAGAGAGAGAGAGAGUGUACCUCAGACCCUGGCCACAUCUAUAGCUAGUACUCCUAUUACAACUGCUCUUAACCCCUACUGCCAACAACAGGCACCAGUAUUCCAUAUUAACAGAGUUAUAACUACCAGUAAGUACUACACUGGUAGACAUGUUGCCGGGAGAUUCCAGUUGGGCAGUGUUCUUUACUCCUGGUCCUGGAUAGCCACAGAAUGUGCACGCUUUUGUUCCAGCCCUGCACUAACAUACCUGUUUCAUACCUUGAUUAGCUCCGGGACCAGUAAUGAACACUGCUUUAGUAAGGUUUCAUGCAUCUGCAACAGUAGGGGCUUGUACUCUGAAUGAUACCCUAAAAGUUGGAGCUCAGUCUGCUCUGACGACUACUGUACUUCCCUAAACUUACCUCAUCUCUCUUUGUAUUUGUCAGGGGCAAAAAUGUGAUGCAAACCUGUAGAGAACAACACUGUCGUGGCUUUUGCCUGGAUCCAACUAUGACCUAACUCUGAAGCAAUACUUUUUAUGAUGGAAAUGAUGCAAUUUGUCAUCUGAAAUAAAUAUCUUAUAGUUCA